GGAACAAGGAGUGUUUUGAUGUUUGGCGGCUAAUUUUGUAGAAUUACUUUCGGAUAGUUAAAGAAACAUACCAUCUGAGAAUUAUUUUCUUAAGCAAAACAGCAGAUAAGUGACAUAGAUCCCUGUUAGUGAUGCAGACAGAAAGAGAAGAAGAGGAAGGUGAUGUUUCUCCUGAGGAAUUUGUCGGGCUGUCUGACUUCACCGGCAGCGGCAGCGACCAGCUGAGUUUCAGCUCCGGGGACAGGCUGCUGGUGCACGCCAAGACCUCCUGUGAGUGGUGGUGGGCAGAGCUGCACGGUGUGUUUGGCUAUGUUCCUGCCGGGUACCUGCACCGGGGUGCUGAUGGGGACGACAUCUCCGCAGAGGACCCCUGGCAGGAUGAGGAAUACUUCGGCAGUUAUGGGACACUGAGGCUUCACCUGGAGAUGCUGUCAGACAAGAGCCGCACUGAGACCUACCGGCAAGUGAUCCUCAACAACAGCUCCUGUCUGAGGGGGAAGGUGCUGAUGGACCUGGGCUGCGGGACGGGCAUCAUCAGCCUGUUCUGUGCCCGACUGGCUCAGCCCUCAGCGGUGUACGCCGUGGAAGCAAGCUCUAUGGCCGAGUACACCAGACAGCUGGUGAAGCAGAACGGCUGCGAGGCGGUGGUCACGGUUCUCCAGGGGCGAGCCGAGGAGCUAGAGCUGCCUGAGCAGGUGGACGUCCUGGUGUCUGAAUGGAUGGGUAACUGCCUGCUGUUUGAGUUCAUGGUGGAGUCUGUCCUGCUGGCCAGAGACCGCUGGCUGAGGAAGGGGGGAGUGAUGUGGCCGUCCUCUGCUGCCCUCACCCUGGUCCCAUGUCAGGCCCACAGCUACUACACAGAGAAGAUGGCCUUCUGGGAGCGGCCCUAUGGCCUGGACUUCACCCCUCUUCAGCCCCUGGCCCAGCAGGAGUUCUUCACCAAGCCCAAAUUCAGCCACGUCAUUCAGCCGGACGACUGCCUCGCCACCCCCUGCCAUGUCAUAUCCCUGGACAUGUACACACUGCAGGUCGAAGACCUAGAGGAAAUGAAGGGUAAGUUUCAUUUUCACCUGGAGAAGUCUGGUACUUUCCAUGGAUUCACUGCUUGGUUUGCUGUUCAUUUCGAGAGCCUGGAGACGGGGGGUGAAACAGUGGAGCUCAAUACUGGACCUAGCUCUGAGCAAACACACUGGAAGCAGACUCUGUUCAUGCUAGACCGGCCAGUCUGUGUGCAUGCAGGAGACUCCAUCACAGGGACCAUUGUUCUGCGCAGGAACCCCAUCUGGAGACGCCAUAUGACCGUUACCCUGCAGUGGAGCGUUAACAGCAGCAGCACAGAGGAAACUGAUAACUGUCAGGUUGAGACAAAGAGUUUCCCCAUGUGGAGGUGACAGCCUACUGCCAUGUCCAUCAGUGGUAACACUGAGCACCAAAACCAGUCUAAUGCAGCCUCUGUUGACGUCAGGGCAAGGUGGAUAUUGGCUUUGAGCUGCUGCCAACCUGGAAUUAAGUCUUACUUACAUAUUGUAAUGAACAUGACGGUCCCAGGACUCUAACACUGUAGGACACUAUGGUACACCUGAUGAAUCCAGGCCCAAGGGAUAUACCACACCAUGAUCAACCGGUAUGAUGUCUGCAGAUUAACAAUAUAGAGUUACAUGCUGGGAAAAGGAAGAGGAUGCAUUGUGGAACAACACUAUGGUCCUUGACUGAUUGCCACUGAGUCCUAAUGGCAAAAGAGGGCUUUGUGAAAAAAUAGUGUUGUGCUGAAAAUGCCUUGGCAAAGGUUGAAAUAAUUUAGAUUUUUCCAGCAGAUCCUUGUGGUCACAAAGGCAGCCAUGCGAUUGGCAAAAGACAAAAAAAGCAGUAAAACAUACAGAGUGGAGACAUCAGAACAAGAACAGUUGAUUUUUCACACAAAAUGUGUUUUAUUACAUAUGUAUGUAGUUUUUUUUUUUUUAAACAUAAAACCCAUGACAUGUAUAUCUAUUUUUGAUAUUCCGCUGUAUUUUUAUGUAUUAACAGCAAUGUACACUAGAGUACAAAUGUAUCCCAGUAUGUAAAAGUAAAUGAAAUCAGGUGUUGUGUGUGCUUAGCAGUACUCCUUUAGUCAUACAGCCUAGCCUGUGGACUCACACAGUCAGUAAAGGCCAAGUUUAUCUGGAAGAGCUGAUAGAUCCGAUGUCCUAAAAUCACCUCCAGCACAGAUUAAUGUUGUGCAGCUCACU